GGCUUAGUGAGGCUCAGCCCUAUCCGCGCUCCUCAACCAUCCAUGGAUUCGGCAACCGACCCGACCCUGAUAACCCGACAUUGUUCCACUUGAAUCUUGCAGGUCAAAACUCCUUGCCAAACGUGAGACUGCGCGCCUUCAUGCGCUUAUAACCCUUGCUACCGGACGCCUCGUCCCCUACACAUCUCCUACGGUCGCUGGCAUGCCCGCGCUUCUCCGCCUGCGCAGUCCUGUUCUCCACCUUCCACGGACCGUUCGCAUACCAGUUCGCGCACCACGAUCACGAACACAAAUAUGGGUUCCUGUAGCACAGCAGACACAGAUAAGAGGCUACGCCCAUCAGCCGCAAAACCCACAUCUAGGCACAACCACUCCCGUCCCAGAUGAUGCGCCCCCACCCCCGCCGAAGUCGCCGUUCUACUUCGAGGCCGGAUACGCGCUGUAUGCAAAGCGGCCUAGUCGACCAUUCCCCCCGCCGUUCCUUUCGCUGCCGUCGACCAGCUUCUCGGAGCCUCUGAGCACGUACAACAGGAGCCGUGACCGGCGACCGCGAGUCAACGGAGAGAUGAUACGGGGGGUCACGAACGGCGACGACGCAGUCCUCGUCAGCGACUACUUCAUUGGCGCCAACGACGGCGUAGGCGCAUGGGCUACCCGCGAGCGCGGACACGCCGCCCUCUGGUCCAGACUCAUCCUGCACUUCUGGUCGUUGGAAGUCGAGGCCGCGCCAUUCUCACCCACGGACCCGCCCACCCCCAUCGCAUACCUCCAGACGGCCUUCGACAAGACCAAGGCUGCGGUCUCAGAGCCCAACGAAUGGCACGGCACAACGACCGCGUGCGGCGCCCUGCUCAGCGCGAACAAAAACGACCAGCCGCUGUUGUAUGUGACGCAGAUCGGCGACGGCCAGAUUCUCGUCAUCAGACCGAGCACGAAAGAAGUGCUCUUCCGCACAGAGGAGCAGUGGCACUGGUUCGACUGUCCACGCCAACUCGGCACCAAUUCGCCCGACACGCCCGACUCCAACGCCGCGCUCGACCAAAUCGAGAUCCUCGAGGACGACGUCGUGAUCGCCAUGACCGACGGCGUGGUGGAUAACCUGUGGGAGCACGAAGUCGUCACGAACGUGUGCGAGAGCAUUGAGAAAUGGCGGAGCGAGGGCGUGAAGGAGGUCGAGGGGCGGGAAGUCGGCGAGACGGGGAAAGACGAGCAAGAGCAGAGCUAUGCGGACGGUAUGCGGUUCGUUGCGCAGAGGCUGGUGAAUGCGGCAAGGGAGAUUGCUGAGGAUCCCUUUGCUGAGAGUCCGUACAUGGAGAAGGCCAUUGACGAGGGAUUGAGCAUUGAAGGAGGCAAGCUCGAUGACAUCAGUGUCGUCGCUGCUCAGUGCAAGAGGCGCAACGGCUGAAGCACCGAUUCCAUGUUGACGACACAAAAGCACACAGCUACCU